GGCUGCGGCUGCGCAGAAGAAAGAGAGCCGUCGCGGAUCCGUUUCCAGUCGCCCAUUCAGACUCAGUCAGUGCGUCGCGAGAUCUUUGCCGUGCAGGUUGCGAUUUUGGCCAGCGCUUCCUAGCGGGACACCUGGUUACCCAACUUCGCCGAGUGUGUGUUCGUGCCUGUGGGAAGAAUUCGGCAACGAAACUUUCUUCAACAGCUGGACGUCGUUCGUAUGUAAAUGCAAAUCACUCGCGCAGGCGGCAAGAGGAAGAACCAGCGAGACAAGUGGAGUGUAGAAAGUGCCAAACAGGUUUUGUUUUGUCGGCAGGCGAACGUGGCGAAAUAGGAAGUUACAGCAAGCGAUAGCUUGAUUAUCGCCGUGUUAUCUCACCUCCGGCGAAUGCUAAUUGGUCAGUGAAAGUGGGCCUCGAAAAACAAUGCGAGGAAGAAAUGCCCGCUGAAAGCGACGAGCAAACCGCACGCUGAAGGGGCAGAGCACAAACAAUAACAAAUCGAGGAACCGCUAUGUCUGCCACCUACACCAACACAAUCACGCAGCGCCGCAAGACGGCCAAAGCGAGCAAGCAGCAGCAACAACAAUGGGCGGCCAGCGAACUGGGCGGCGAGUCGAACGAAAGACUUCACUUUCGCAGCCGUUCGACAAGCUCGAAGGCAACAACAACGGCGGCGAACGGCCACAACCCACCUUCACCACUGUGCUGUAACGGGGCUCGUGCGCUCACCAUGCUCAACUGCUGCGUCGACGCCAACUGCCAUUUGAAUGCGCCGCUGCGCGGCAGCGUCAGCCGGCACACGACGCCGGCGGCGACGCCAACGCCGACUGCGACGCCCACGCCAGCAGCGACGCCAAAGCAAGCCUCCCCCUCGCCUACCUCCGAUCGUUCGCGCUCCCUCUCACCUUCGCCCUCGCCCUCGCCGUCUCGCUCUCGCUCGCUCUCCCGCCACAAGCGGCAGCAGAGGCACAAGAGCAGCGCAGCUGGCGCCUCCGUCGCAGCAGAACAGAGAGCAACGGCUAAUGCUAAUUCGCCGCCAUUUACCGUUAGCCUGAGCAUCGAUCUCUUCAGCUGGACCCUCUUCUUCCUGGCCUUUGGCACGCGUUUCUACAAGCUGGCAACGCCGCCGCACAUCGUGUUCGAUGAACUGCACUACGGCAAGUACGUCUCGAUGUACAUGCGCAAUAUCUUCUUCUUCGAUCAACAUCCGCCGCUGGGCAAGCAGCUCAUCGCCGGACUGGUCAGCCUGGCUGGCUACAGCGGCAACUACACGUUCAACCGGAUUGGAGAGCCCUACGCGCCGGACAUGCCCAUCUUCUGGUUCCGGUUCGUUCCGGCCAUGUGCGGAAGUCUCCUGUCCCCCGCCGUAUACAAGCUGCUGCUGGAGGCGAAGCUGAGUCGCUGGGCGUCGGCCCUGGGCGGUCUGUUGGUGGUCCUGGACAACUCCCUGCUGACCCAAUCCCGCUUCGUGCUCAUGGAAUCGAUGCUGCUGCUGGCCACCACGGUGGGCAUCGCCUGUCUGCUCCGCUUCCAACGGUGUCGCCUGGGCAGCUUUCAGUGGCUGGUCAGUGGAGCUGCGGCUGCCGUCUUUUUGGGCGCCGCCGGAACCAUCAAGUACAUAGGAUUCCUGUCGCUGGGACUGGCCUUCUAUUUGCUAUGUCGGCACCUGUGGCAGCUGCUCUGCGACGCGAACUUGACUGAUCGCCAACUGUGGAUGCACGCCAUAAGUCGCCUGCUGAUCUUCGUUGGGAUUCCCUUGGCCGUCUAUGUGGGAGUCUUUUACGUCCACUUCAAGACGCUGCACCGGGCUGGACCUCACGACAGCAUCAUGACCAGUGCGUUCCAGGCCUCUCUGGAUGGUGGGCUGGCUUCGAUCACUCGAGGACAGCCUCUGGCGGUGGUACACGGCUCCCAGAUCACACUGCGCAACACCCACGGACGCACCUGCUGGCUGCACUCGCAUGCAGCCGUUUAUCCGGUGCGCUAUCCGGACAAGAGGGGCUCCUCCCACCAGCAGCAGGUCACCUGCUACUCCUUCAAGGAUGUGAACAACUGGUGGCUGGUUAAGCGACCCACAAAGGAGAACCUGGUGGUGGGAGAUAACCCGGAUGUUAUUCGGCACGGUGACGUCAUUCAGUUGGUCCAUGGCAUCACCAGCAGGGCUCUCAACUCCCACGAUGUGGCUGCCGCCAUGACGCCGCAAUGCCAGGAGGUCAGCUGCUACAUAGACUACGAGAUUAAAAUGGCCGGGGAGCUGUUGUGGCGCGUGGAGAUCCUGAAUCGCGAUUCCGAAGGCGACAGUUGGCACGCCAUCAAGUCGGAGAUCCGGCUCAUUCACGAGUCCACGGGCGCCGCCCUGAAGUUCAGUGGCCGUCAGCUUCCGGAUUGGGGCUUCAACCAGCACGAGGUGGUGGCGGAUCGCGAAAAGGGAACACACCAGGACACCAUCUGGAAUGUGGAGGAGCACCGCUAUACGCAAACUGAGGACCACCGUGAAAGGGAGCGCCAGAUGUUAACUGCCGAGAUGAUACCCACGAAGCGGACACGCCUCUCGUUUUGGGCCAAGUUAUUGGAGCUGCAAUCCAAGAUGCUCUUCCAGGCGAAAUCUCUGCCAAGCCACAUGUACAGCUCGAUGCCGCACGAGUGGCCGCUGAUGGACAAGGGCAUCGCCUACUGGUUGGAUUCGGAGUCCAGUGCGCAGAUUUAUUUGCUGGGAAACGUGCUGCUCUGGUACACGGCCACCGCGGGCAUAGGUGUCUACGCCGCACUACUCGCCUUUUAUGCUGCGCGACGGCAGCGACUUUGUUUCGACAUUUCUGAGCAGGAGUGGCAUCGUUUCCUGGUCGCCGGCGAUACCUUCUUCGUAGGCUAUCUUAUGCACUACCUGCCGUACUUCUUUAUGGACCGCACGCUGUUCCUGCACAACUACUUGCCAGCAUUCAUCUUUAAGUUGCUACUCUUGUGCUUCGUCGUGGAGCACCUGGACUAUCUGCUACGAAGGGUUUGCACCGGCCGCGGAGUCCACUUGGUGCGUCUGUAUCGCCUUAUGCUCAUCCUGUGGCUGGUGGGCGUGCUCAGCAUUUUCUCCAAGUUCAUACCAUUUAGUUAUGGAGCGCGGCGGAUGAGUAUGAGUGAGGUGCGUAGUCUGCGCUGGAAGGACACCUGGGACUUUGUCCUCCACAAGAACCACAACCUGCACUGAAAACCCAAAUGCCAUCUCCGCGGCCAGAGAGACGUGCAAUGAUGUACUCGUACCAUGUAAAAUAGACUAGGAACCUAGCUAAAGUUAACCUAGUGGUAAGCCAUAAAUUAUUUGACACGUAAACAAACAUACUCAUUUGCAAGACGAAUUAAAACUAUUAUUUAUUUAUUUAAACGUAA